GGGCAGACCAAGAUUCACCUGAAAUGGGCAGAGAGUGACUGGUUUUAUCAUCAAACACAACAGCCUGACAUCUUUAAAUUCCUUCAUUCUUACGUCCCAGCCCAUUCUUUGACACACACACCAAUCCAACUCAUCAAAAUCCUUCAUCUGCCAUCAAAAUCCUCAUCCUGAGUGCAGCAUUCUCAUCGAAGCUGGCUCGGAAGCCACAGCUGCAGCACACCCAUUCACCAUCACUUCCCUGACCACAUCAUGGAUGUGUCCACCGCGGAACGUCCGCCAGUACCUGAUGCUGGGGCUGCCCCAGAGGCUCCAGUCACACCAUCUGCCACCCAGGCCAAUGCCGCCACCCCAGCGGCUGCGAAGCCAGCAGAGCCGGCCACACGCCCCAAGGCCCUCAAUUUUUCAUGGCUGGAACCUCACCCAGAGCUUGUCAUAAUCCUGGUUGGGCCGGAAGAGAUUCCCUUCGGCUUGCAGAAGGACUUUCUCUGUUCGAAGUCGGCCUACUACCUCGACAAGUUCGGCCGCAGCCUUGAAGUCGAGUACGUCGAGCGACUGCCCAACUGCCCCGUCGAGGUGUUCGGCUUUGUGCAAAACUUCCUGUACACUGGCGCCGUCAUACCUGAUGACAACACCUUGCCGUCUUACGAGAUCCUUAUCGGGGUUUGGAAGCUGGGGUAUGAGCUUCUCAUAGAUGGCCUCUGUGACCAUACGCUCGACGCCAUGGUUGAGGUGCGGCGGGCCACUACGAGAAUCCCUUCGACUCCGGUCUUGGUGCAAGUGUGGAAGGAUACCCCCGAGGGAUGCUCCAUCAGGAAGCUUCUCCUCGGAUGGGCGGCAGAGUACAUGCACACCUCCGACUCCAAGGCUGAAUUCGCCAAGUCGUUGCCCCAAGACGUGCUCAGCGAGUUGGUGGUCGCUAUGGUCCCUUCAGACACGUCCCCGCUGGUUCAGCUAGGUGCCGAUACCGACCACACGAAGCCUGCGCAGCUUGCGCAGCCCCCUCGGAAGCAAGUUCAUUAUAUUGACCAGGAUGGAGACGAGGAGCCGGAGUCUAUGUAUCCAGUAAAGAAGCCCCGCCGGCCCGAGCCAGUGCUGCACGCACCACCAACUCCGAAGGCGGCCAUCCGCAAGCCAAGGACCUCGUUGCCUACGCCGAAGCCUGCACCUCGGCGCCGUUCUAACGGUGCUGCGAAUGGCGACCAAGACUUCACUACCGCCCAGAAGUUAUAUUUCUGCUCGGAUCUCCUGACGAGGAUGCUGUCGGGGCCUGGAUUUUGGACACGUCUGGUUGGUCCAUUCAAAGAGCCCGUCGACGCGGUCGUCGACAAUGUCCCCGACUACUUUGAAAAGGUCACCAAGCCCAUGGACCUCAAUACCAUGAAGAACAAGAUGGACCAAGGCCUGUACAACAGCGACGAGGAAUUCCUGGCCGACAUGAAUCAAAUUUUCACCAACUGCAAGACCUACUGGAAGCCCACAGAUAACGUCUACACCGCAUGCGAAAAGCUCGAGAAGACAUUCCAUGAAAAAUACUCCCAGAUGAACAAAUGGCUCGCCAAGCUCGAGGGCGAGGAGAACUAGAGACUCGAAGCCAAGGAUUUUGUGGAUCUGCUGUUUCCGAAUCGACAGAACAUAUCUCACGAGAAAAGAGCUCUAGAUUCCGAUGCUCGAACUCCUGUUGGUCUGGCAUGACGUCCUAGAAUGAACGUGGAGUUUUCAUGCUCGGAUUCUAAUACGAAGCCACCAGCCACCCAAAGCAACCACCCCCGAGUUUCCAGAAUCCGAACCGCAACCAAAAUAUCACUUUCGUAUCAGUGAUACCGGGAACUUCCGCAGUCUUCGACUCGGACGCUACUACAUUGCCGCCUAAUUAUUCAGUCUCUUCGAUAUCGACACCAGAUUGAACGACUGCGACUCUGCUCACGGACUCUGCACGAUAGAACGGAGCCAUAAACUUGUUUUUCUUGUCUGCGUUCUAGUUUCGCCGUAUAUUCCAGAGACCAGGCUUUGGCGAUCGAUGCAUCACUACCUCCAGGAUGUUUCCAUUGCACUCAAACCCUCGGAAGGGCCACUAGAGGGCAAGCAAGUGGAGGACCACCAUACAGAUUACGACGAGCCGUCAACUGAUUUUUCUUUGAUUUGUUCUGCCCUCGCGGAAAAAGAAGGGGCGCGCCCAUUAAUAAGAGCACAAGUCUUCAGUUGGUUGGACCCCAUUGGGUUGAUCUAUAGUGCGCAGUAUUCAUAUCGGAUCGGCCUCGCGUUGGCGAGCUGGGAUGCAGCGGGGGAGACUUGCAUCCUUCUUAUUGUUUAGACUGCUACGCAAGCUGUAUGAUAGCGGAUUGACAGACACGCCUAUGGGGAUGAGAGGUUGUGGCCUGUAGGCGCGAGGAUUUGCCUAGACGUAGGCCGUAUUAUUAAUACCAUUGCUCAAUGAACUCG